ACCCAGACUACAUGGAGGUACAGACACGGUUCAGGGUGAUCGCAUUUGCUGUUUGCCUGCUGACUCUCAGCGAGCUUCUUAGCGCAGAGAGCUAUGGGCAGCCAGGGGCUCUGUGCGAGAUGGGGGGAGGGGGCGUCAUGGGAACUUGCGAGAACGUUUUCGACUGCCUCCAGACUGGAGGUGUCGUGAGAAGAGAAGGCAAAGUUAACGUCUGUUUCCAAGAUGGUCUAACAAUUUACGUGUGCUGCAGGAAACCCCAUCUUGUAGCGAGAGAAUUAUGCGACGCCUGGAGUCAUUACUGGCAACGAGAUGAUGGGAGAUGCGAGAUCAAGCAUCCACUGAUAUUUGGAGGAGAAGAAGCCAACAUAGGAGAAUUUCCUCACGCAGUCCUCGUAGGGAAGCGUUACAGAAGGCGUAUUACCUCCUACGAUUGCGGGGGGACUUUGAUCUCUCCCCACUUCGUGCUGACGGCCGCUCACUGCCUAGAGGGCGCUAUGCAUGAAGACAUAACACUUAUGGUCAGACUCGGAGAACACAGCCUGGACCACGACGCUACACUGGAAACCAUUCAGCGCCUCCAGGGUCCAGUGCCCUCUGCGUUAUAUGGAGCAGAUGCCCUAAAUUUCGAUCCGAAUGAUAAUACCACAAACAAAGCUCCUGUGGAGCAGGAGAUAAAAGUGGAGAGGGCGUUUGUUUAUCCAGAUUAUACCUUCCACAAACACACUUACCACGACAUAGCUCUAUUGCUGCUGGAACAUCCAGCAAAACUAACGGCUCGAGUUGUCCCAGCUUGUCUACCAUACCAGUUUCCGGCCGAGGGAUACGUGGGUCAAAAACUUACUGUGGUUGGAUGGGGCAAAACUCCUUCCAGCAGAACGUCCCAGACGCUACAAAAAGUCAACGUGACAGUUAUCGACCGCUUGAGGUGCUCCGUCACCGAAGCCAACCAUCUAACAACUAACCCCAUUGGAAUCACAGAGGAUAUGAUCUGCGCAGGCGACGUGGGAAAAGAUUCGUGUUCGGGUGACAGCGGCGGUCCACUCACGAUUCGGAGCUCAAAGAACUCUUCUUGCGAACAUACGGUUGUGGGCGUGGUCAGUUACGGAGUAGGUCCCGCGGGCUCACGCUGUGGCCUUCUAGGAGUGUACACCAGGGUAUCGUCCUAUCUGGACUGGAUCACCGGGUACGUAGCCCCGCACGGUGUUGGGCAUCGGCAGCAAACGGAGGAUGAAACAGUCGAUGACACCGGCAGUCAGGGUCGUCAUUCAAAUCAGAACUUGACCGAAGACAGCAAAGAAUAUUUGGGAAAGUCGUUACAUGGCAUCCAACCACCAGGAGCCGAUGAGGAUGGCAGCUUUCCGGGAACUGAACCAGCUCCUCUUAAUUUUGAUCCAAAGGAAACCGAGCUAAAUCCUCCCUCCUUUGAAAGUACAGAGGGUCCACAGGAAAUGCCUUAUAUGAACCCAGAUGAUGAUAUGACAGAUGUCUGGUUCCCGUUAUUCAAAUAGUUGUGUAGGGGAUUAUCAGUAAAAAGUGAGAGUCUGACAUAUCGCAGAUAAUGUUAUCUAGAAGGAUAUUUUAUUCUCUUUUUUAUCUGCAAUUUAUGUUUUAUAACUUUAGUGUAACGUGUUUGCAAUCGGAUUUUAACUAUUUGAGCAAGAAUUUUUUUCUCAAACUACGAUUAGACUGAUCAUCAUCGUAGUUUGACAUAUGAUAGGUUAAAUAUAACAUUUUAAAGGGGGAGUUUGAACUAGGAUUUCGACUUUUUUAAUCUCUCACUCUACUUUAUAACUAACAAGUUCAAGUGUUUUGAAAACAAAUGUUUGAUGUUUUUCAAACAAGAAUUUGAAUGUUCCAGGUUUGAACAAUGAAAACCCUGAGCCGACUUUACUGAUUUCUGAUAAAAGCAUAGGUUCUAACUGCUUGAUUAAUUUAAACAUUCACUUGUGAAGUCAUUGUGCAAUUGAAUCCUAUAUUAUCAAAAGGAUUCAUUGCACGUAAAUUCGUCACAGUGUUGUUUUUACCAUUGCUACGACUUCAACCGAAGAGGUCACUGAUAGCUGUUGAAAUGUUAUAGAACUAAAGCUUGGUCAUAAUUUGGGCUAUUCAUACAAUUUUAUGAUAAUGAGAAGCGUCAAAGUGUUAUGGAAAUAAACAAGUAGAAAAUGCGCCGAAGUUUCUUCGGCGUAGUUGAGUUUUCUGUACAGUGUAUAAUCAAGCCCACCGAAAAUAUAUCUUACCUUUCGGGGGUCUCAGUAUAAUGCUGUAUGAGACGCGGCCCAAGAAAAUCUCAACCGACCGUGGUGGCCUGUGUUGUUGACUUGCCAGAAGCACGAUCAUGGCUAAAUUUAACCUUAAAUAAAUUAAAAAAAAAAAAAAAAAAAAACUGCUGAGGCUAGAGGGCUGCUAUUUGGUAUGUUUGGUGAUUGAAGGGUGGAUGAUCAGCAUUCCAAUUUGCAGCCAUCUAACCUCAGUGGUUUUUACGAUCUGAAGUGCGGACAGCAAAAUUGCGGACAGACAGACAAAAGCCAUCUCAAUAGUUUUCCUUUACACACAACUGAAAAACGGUCAAAAUACUGAGUCUCAUUAUAUGUAUGUACUAAGAGUUUUCCCCGCGAUAUUGCGAGUUGCUGCAUAUUCGCUCAAAAACAUAAAAUUUUUUGUUCAGACUUCGUGGCUUUUUAAUUUGGUAAUGUUUUUCACAGUACAUCGACUACUCAACACUACUUAUGACCAGUUUCCAGAGCAAGCUUCCACUCAACAGAAUCCCCUUACUGGAAGAAAAAGAGAGAAUAGGCCUUAGAAAAGCCAUGAACAUGACAUUAAACACAAUGAAAUUUUCACUAAAAGCUCCAACAUUAUUUAGUACUUUAUAUAAAGCAGUAUAAACAGCAAAUAAAAAGAAGUAUUAGACAUAUAUGUGCUUUGGAUUAGGUUAUUGAAUACACAUAUACCUUUAUUGACCAAGAGACCACAUACUGACCAUUCAAUUCAAGUAUGUUGACAAUUCUCUCUCUCUCUCUCUCUCUCUCUCUCUCUCUCUCUCUCUCGUUAACUUUCAUUUCGUUGGCCAUGCAAUUACUACAGGAUGCAGGAUCCUUUCAUAGGAAAAAUGAAAUUUCCAUUAACUAACAAGGAAACGAGUAAAUGUGAUUUCCCGUAGGUAUAACCAGUGGUGUCACUAGCGUUGGUGGCACCUGGCCGGACUCAGAAAGUGCCGCCCCAUUCCCGUGCUAGAAAAAAAGUAUUAAGUGGUGAAACUUUAAACGCACAUUUUAAGCCUUAACAUCUCAGUCAUUUAUUUUAUUUCAUAAAGCUGAAACAAACAAACAAAAAAACACACAGAAGAUUUGCAACGCUGUUGUAAAUCGCUGUUCAGUGUUCCGAUCAGACCACCAGACCUGCUCAAGAAAUGCCGAGUGCCCACCGACCCCGGACAGUACCAUCCAAGGCCAACCGCCCCCCUCCCCCCCAACCCCCUUUAUUUACGCCACUGGGUGUAAUGAUAAAUUUUGAGAUUACCAGUGUGAGCAUUUAUGAUUUAACUACACCUGAUUAGCAUUUACAAGAAAAUGUUGAAGAAAUAAGUUCCAUCUACGUAUAUUGUAUGUUUUUAUUCAGUUAUAUGUCACUUCGUACAAGGAACCAAGAGGUUUAAAUAUAGCUAAAAGAGAUUAAAACAUGGCUACUCAAAUAUAAUGAACACCAUUAAUCCAAAGUGGAUGAAGCCGGUUAUCAAAGUUUACUAGUCUGUUCUAUUGGUUUCACAUGUGAGGACAAUAACACUAAAUGCUUUGAUAGAGUUGGAAUAGUCAUGAGGGUGAAAGCAGAAGAAUUCUAUUCUAGAAAGAUAAAAGGGCUUGAUUUCAUCAUGUGACACUGCGGUUUAACUAUAAAGUAUUUCAACUGAUGAUAGACAAAGACAUGGUCGAACACAGAACUGUGUACUAAGUCAUAACAAAAUAAGAAAUUCCUUAAUUCCGUGGUCGAUUUCUAUAUCACUUUGUGCUGUGUUUCUUGACUAUUUGAUACAAUAUAUUAUACACUAUUCCGUUAUCUUUAGUCAUUUCAAUAUAAUAUACAUAUAU